AUGCGGGCACAUGGCGAACCGUUCCUGUUGUUCGCCUACGGCAUGGUUGUCCACGGCACGCUCUACUUAUUCUGCGGGACUUCGGCGCUGUUCAUGGCCCAGCUAGUUCUCACGCGCGAGUGCGAGGCGUCGAACCCUGUGCUGUACAGCGCGUGCCAGACAUUCGCGCUCCUCAGCUGCCUCACGGGCAACUUGUGCGCGUCCCUCGUGCUCUGGAGGGCGCACCUGUUGUACGGAGCAGCGCAGCGCGUCGUGCCUGGCCGCGGGAAGCAGAAGGCGCCGCCGGGCGCGAUAGAGCAGAUUGCUGCUGUGCCCUACGAUCCUGCACUGUUCGGGGACGAGGACGGUAGGCGAUACGCCAAGGAGUGCCCGAUAUGCCUCGGCGCUUGGGAGCCGGAGGACGACAUCAGAGUUCCACCGUGCGGCCAUGCGUAUCCAGUUGGGCUGCCUGGCCCAGUGGCUGCAGACCGGCCGGACCUGCGCGAUCUGCCGGCGCGACGUCGCGGCGCUCGGCGGCGACCUGGAGGCGGCCGGGCGACCCGGAGCGAGGCCCGUCUCGCCCGGGCGCAGCGGCGCCGAGGCCGCGCGCUUGGGGGGGUGAGCGCCCCCCCGGAGAGGUCUCGAAGCAGCGCGCGCGCGGGGCCCUCUUAA